AUGCCGCCGGAUGCCGUAAUCCGAGUCGGUACCAAGGAACCGUCGAUGGACGUAGAUCGUGUUGGUGAAUCAGAGGUCGAUCGUGACGACGAAGAUAUAUCGAGGGUCGAAAUGGGGAAUGAGAACGAAAAAGAAAAGGCAUUAGUCGAAGUCGUAGUCGUAGGACGCGGAGAAGAGGGCGAGGUGGGAGUCGGUUCGUUCGUCGUCAAGGACGGGCGCGUAUCGACCAACAAGGAUCGGAUGUUGUUUGUUCAUUGCGAUCAGAGGGUGUCGAGGCAGAGACAGACAUCGCGAGCAACAAGAGUUGGAACGGAAAAUGUGCAGAAAAUAAUUAGCGAACUGUCCAAGCUAAACGCGGGAGAACCACUCUGGUCAACAGAGCUAAGGGGAAAGGAAAAGGAAAGUGGGGAAAUGAAGGAAAAGAAUAGACUAACCGCUGGGUUCUUGCCGUUUUUCGAGCAGAGAAUGAAAGUCGUUCAUAGUGGCAACGUCCCGACGCUGCGUGGCUCUCAAAGCAGGCAAGUAACAGAACAAUUGCUGCCAGUCCACAGAUCGUGGCCAAAUUCAAGCACCCACGCACCGUCCCUUGCCUCGGCGAUCCUUUCUCUCUAUGCGAUCGCUGACAGCUUUGCAAAUUCCCUCCUGCGUGCUGUCGGCCUAUUGCGAAAAGCAGCGAGCAGCCAGUCAGAAUGA